UAGAUAUAAGGAUUUGGCUGCGUAGUGAUGUUGACAGGGACGCGGCAGCGGGAGCACUUCCACGCGAACAAGCUUUAUACGCUGGGGUUUAAGAUUGCCCGACUUUCUUGUUGAUAAUGGGAUUUUCUGCUGCUUCUGCGGCCUCUUCUGUCGGGCGUGGACGCUGGAGUGGUUUGAAUGAUUUCAAGGUCGCAUUUCGAGGAGGUUGAAGUCGGAAGUGUAGGCAGUGGUAUCAUUUCGGUGCAUUGUGAAUGUGGCUAUGGUAGGGUUUAAGGUCGAGUAAUUCACUCAAUUUUUGCGGAGAAGUUUAUUUUUCGCGGUGACAAGAGGCGUGGACAGGUAUUCUUUGGUGAGGUUGAGAAUGGUCGGGAUAUCCUAAUGCUUCUUCUGCCUCGGCCAAUUUCUCUGCAUACUUGGGCAUACAGGUGUAUUAUGCCCCCUACCAUGUUUCAAUGGCGAGCGUUAGCGACAUCUUUCUCUGUGCUGCCGUCGGAAGGGCUGGUGCAGAUAUCUGCGAAGGGGAAGCUGUUGGAUGCGCGUCUUUCUAAAAAGAGGCUUGUUCCGGCGGACCGAGCCGUUUUGUUAAGACCCUGUUAUGAUGGUGGGAAUAGUAAGCAGUUGCAGAGGCGCAGCAAGCAUGCUGCUUCUUUAGUCAAGAGUUGGGGUGGAGUGACGAGCAAUUCUGGUAGGAAGAAUUUCACCUACCCAGGGUUCUUGUCCGUGUAUAAUGCAGAUGGGAGUCUCUGUAGAGGUUUCUGCACAUCGCUCAAGGCUACCGAGAAGGUUGGUGGAGCUGCAAUCGCGACUACGGAAGCUGGAGAGCCUGUAGAAUAUAGUGUUCUUGCGGUGCAUGAGGUGAGUAUUUCCGAAGAUCGCCAUGAUAUCACCGGCGCUGAGUCUUCUGAAGCUGAUAGGGAUGUCGAAACUGAUUUUGAUGCGCACAAGAACACGGAUGCAAUUAUUGCAGAGACCGAUGCAGGCGAGAGAAUGCGAGAACGUAGAAGACGGUCGUUUGGAGCAAGUGUUGCGCGACAUCCAAAUGAGGCAUUCCCUGACCUUCUGACCGUUCCCGGGAUUGGAAUUCGCAACAUGGAGAAGUUAGUAUCGAAGGGAAUUGUAAAAGUAUCAGAGCUCAAGCAGUUGUAUCGUGACAAGUUUCGUGACAAUGGCUCGGAGAAGAUGGUGGAAUACUUGCGGAGUUCUGUAGGCAUCAUUCACAAGCACCACGCAGCGAGCAUCGCCAAAUAUAUCAGAGACAAGGUGGAGGCUGAGCUUGCUCCUAAAGACGAAGGAUCUCGCCCCAGGAAGCGAUUGACCUUCUGUGUGGAAGGUAAUAUCAGCGUCGGCAAGUCUACAUUCCUGCAGAGAAUAGCAAGUGAAACUCUUGAGCUGCAAGAUCUUGUUGAGAUCGUGCCCGAACCUGUUGGGAAAUGGCAAGAUGUCGGUGCCAACCAUCACAAUAUCCUUGAAUCGUUUUACAAGGAGCCCGAGCGGUAUGCAUACACAUUUCAGAACUACGUAUUUGUAACUCGUCUAAUGCAGGAGCGAGAGUCUGCUCAUGGUAUCAAGCCUCUGCGUUUGAUGGAGCGGAGUGUCUUCAGUGAUCGAAUGGUCUUUGUUCGUGCAGUACACGAGGCGAAGUGGAUGAGUGAGAUGGAAAUCAGCAUAUAUGACUCGUGGUUUAAUCCAGUUGUGUCAGAGCUUCCCGGAUUAGUUCCUGAUGCCUUUAUCUACCUUCGGGCUAGCCCAGACACAUGUAUGCAACGCCUACAUUCUCGAAAGAGACCAGAAGAAAACGGAGUAAGUCUUGAGUAUCUUCAAGGGCUUCAUGAAAAACACGAGCAAUGGCUUUUACCUGUUCAGUCGAGCAGUGGAGGGAUUCUUUCUAUCAAUCCAGCCCUGAGAGAGCCAAUGUCACCUCGAAUCCGUGAUCGGGUGUUCUACCUGGAGGGUGACCAUGUCCACUCAAGCAUUCAAAAGGUUCCUGCCUUGAUGUUGGACUGUGACACUAAUAUUGAUUUCAACAAAGAUGUCGAUGCCAAAACAGAGUACGCAAGACAGGUAGCAGAGUUCUUCGAGUAUGUGCAUCAAACAAAGGAGAAUCAAUCGGAGUCUGGAAGUCAGAUUGCUGUUCCACGCUCUGUAGGAUUGCUAGGACCUGAUGGAGCCGAACUUUUGGGCAAUACGCAAUUGGAUGCAGCAGACCUAAGCCGUCGAAUGUCUUCUCUCUGUGUAUAACCGGCAAGAACAUAUUUUCUAUUCCUGACAAGUUGAUAAAAUUUGACUUCCCAUUAAAUGGAGUACUGGGAAGCUUGGACUUGGACUCAGCCAGGGACUGGAUUCAUACUGUAUAGCUGAUCAUCGAAUUAAGUCUCGUCUUUAUUAGCAAGGGCGAAUGUGGUUAGAGACUUCUGGGCGCAUGCAUUAUUGCCGUUACGGUUCCAAUUGAAGCUCUAGCAUGUGGACACGACGUUCAGCAAUUAUUACUUCGACUAUCACACGGCUUGAUUUGGCAAAGGUUACAGGAAUACGGAUAGACACUGCUUAGGAGUCUUAGGGGCUCUAGACCGGAUUAGUCUAGUAUGCUUGCCUCGUCAUCACAGUUUCAGUUUUUGACAGGUGCAUGCCAGGGUACUGUCAAAAGAUUGUUGGCAAUCAAGUCCUUCUGGCCCUUCCAAAAUAUUGGAUCAGUUUUUAGGAAAUCUCAUUCUUUUUUUUGAACACUGGUGUGGCGUAGCACUGGAUUCUGUACUGGUUUGGGAGUCAUCCAACCUGCUUGUUGUAACUCUGAGAUUGCCCUUUAGUUUUAGCUUGUAAAGGCUUGGGUUCUCUGUUCUUACUGUGUUUUGUGAACAUAACAAUGUACAAGCAGACACAUUUGUACCAUUGCUGCGGCAUUUUUAUUUCA